CACACACACACACACACACACACACACACACACACACACACAUACACUCCUUAAACCUUAUCUCCAUCAAUACACUCUCACUCAUUUCCCUCCUUUUCUCCUGUUCAUUAACUCUCUACUGUACACACCCUUUUCCCCUCUGUCCCUCUCUACAUCUCUCCCUCUCUCCCUCUCUCCCUCUCUACCUCUCGCGCCCUCUGUCCGUUUCUCCCUCUCUCCCUCUCUACCUCUCGCGCCCUCUGUCCGUUUCUCCCACCCCCGCUCUGACCACAUCCACUAAAGUCACUCCACAGGCACGCAGUGUGCAGAGUGUUGGAGGCGUGCGCUGCUGCCACUUUCCCCCAGCCCUCCAGUCCUGCUCUGGCCUGACUCCAGCUACAGCCUGGCUCUCUGGUUCUGAUCAGACGGGCCCCCGCGCUCCAGUCCCUGGGGGGUCCAACUCUCCCACUCCACCCUCUCCAGAACACAAAGAGAGAGGGGGCCAGCUGAACUCCUGUCCUCCCACCACGGUUGUUUCCAAACCAACAGGAAUUUGGCUACCAGUUCCUUUAAUGUUUUCAAGAUGACUCUGACUGUUCUGAGGAAAUCCCCCCAUUUUAGUAGCCAUUUGAAAUUCCUUUUGGUUUUUAUUGGGAGGAAGUAGGCACUGAGUUCCUCAGUCGGCUCCCAGGCUCCGUUCUGUGCAGUCUGUCAGUCAGUCUCUCUCUCCUCUAGUUACUUUCCAUGGGUUGAGUUGCUGGGUUCAACUCAGAGCCAUUUGUCUGGGAGAAUUUCUGCAGUCUGGUUAGUUUCAGUGUUGGUCUGGGUUCCUGUGACUGUGACAUGGUAUUACUGUGAUAGGACACGUCUGUUGUUCUGAAAUCCACUGAAGGACAGGAUUGGAAUAUUCCACUGAUAGAGAGAGCAAAGAGUCUGCAGCCACUAACAGUAUGUUCUUACUGGGUAGUGGUCUGAUGGGGAACUCCUCUGCCUCCUUCAUGGGUACGUUCCUGGCCAGCAGUCUGGGCUCGUCCUCCCACCCCUCUCACCCCUCCCGGCCACCCUCCUCACCCUCUUCACCCGGAUCCUUCCGUGGUGGGCCCCACUCCAGCGCCUCUCAGAUCUGGUUCCCUCACUCACACGAAGCAGCCCCGGGGUAUCCUCGAUUCUCAGGGAGUCUCGCCCAUACCUUCCUUCCCAUGAGCCACUUGGAUCACCAUGCCAACAGCGGCGUCCUCUACGGGCAGCACCGUUUCUACGACACCCAAAAAGAGAACUUCUAUCUAAGAAGCCUUCCGUCCCAGCCCCCUCUCAUCUCAGCCAAUCACGGUCUUCCGCCCAUCUCCAGGGCGGGGCCGGGACACCCUCAGGGCUCCUGCAGUCGGGACAUGGACCCAGGGGGCGGAGUCAGCCUACACAAGGGCCUGAAGGAGGGGUCCGUCGAGAGAGGGGUGGUCCCCAGCACCAAGGACAAGGAGAGGCCCAGCAGCAAACAGGAGACCAAGGAGCGACAGCAGCACCACAGCCACCACCCCCAGCCCUCACAUCCACACCACCACCACCCACACCCCGGCCACACACAGCCACACCCCCACCAGCAGCACCCCCAGUAUCCACAGCACCCGGUCUCCCUGGAGGAGGUCAAUAGCAGAGCCCUGGAGAGGCACAUGGAGCACCAACAGACCCUAGGUAUGACCAGAACCCUCAGCGCCUGCCUGCUCAACGGAAAGAUGCAGAACGGGGGGGACUCUGGAACGGGUGGGGCCAAGGCUUCCAUGACUAGCUAUGGGGGGGAGGUGGUGGGGAGCAGGGGGGCUCAGACACAGGCCAGCCACAGACACAUGGAGGGUGGGGGGAACGUCCGCUGCACCAAGGAAGGGGUGAGCGGCGAGAUGAGGAUCAGUGAGCAGCCUUCGGACUGUCUGGAGGGGAGGGGCCAGAUGCUCCACCACGCCCUUCCCUACUCUGUGGCGCCUCCUCUACAAAUGGGUUCAGCCGCUGGGGGAGGCCACCCCCACCUCCACCCCCACCACCACCCUCACCCGCAUCCGGGGGGGUUCCACUGCCUUCAGCUCCACCCCAGCCAUCCCCAUCACCCCCACACACACCACCACCCGGACUUCUUCUGCUCACCUCCACCUGCCCCUCUAACCAACCCCUCGCCGCACGAGAGGGGAGGGGGAGGGGGGCGAGACCCCAAAGUGACAGGGCCCACGUUCAUACCAUCUGUAGGGGGAGGACACCUGGGGGACAAGUCCAGCGGGGACCCCUUCCAGAUGGGCACCCCAACCGCCUGCCAGGGGUUAGUGGGUGGGGGCGGCAGUGCCAAGGACAAGGCCAUGGAGAAGAGUGGGGGAGGGCCCCCUCCCAGUAACUGGCACAGGAAACAGCAACAGCAGCACCCGUACAGAAAGGCUGAGAAGGCCCCGGACUGGAUGCAGCAGCAGAGUCACCACCACCACCCCCAACAACCCCAGCCCCAACAAACCCAGCAGCCCCAGCCCCAACAACCCCAGCCCCAGCAACCCCAGCCCCAACAACCCCUUCCCCAGCAGCCCCAGCAGCCCCAGCCCCAGCAGCACCAAGCCGUGCGUUCCCGCAGCGUUGAAUGCAUCAAUAGCGUGGGAGUGGACACCACCGAUGUGUUCCGGCCCUCUCUUCCCCAGGGAGCCAAGGCCGGACACUCCCUCCCCCACUCAGUCAACACCUCCCCCUACAGAGACUGCUCCCUCCCGGGCCCCCUGCCCAACGCCUCACCCCUGGGGGGUCGGGGAGGUGCAGGCGGUGGUGCUGGAGGUGGGAGUUGUUCCUUACAGAGAGAUGGCCAGAAGGUGGCCCGUAUUCGCCACCAGCAGCACGGCGGGCCUGGCCCGGACGCCCCAGCAGCAGAGCUGAACCAGAGCAACAAACAGAACCAGAACCAGGACCUGAACAGGAAGCUGGAGAUGGAGAUGUCCCCGUACGGCUACAGCAACAGUGGGCAGGGACAGCAGCAUCACCCCCAGCAGCCCCCGGUUCCUCCCUGGGCCAUGAGGCCUCACCACGUCCACCCUGCAGAGGAGGAGCAGCAGCGGAAGGCCUACAUGGAGUCUCUCAGUGGUGGCAUGCAACAACCCCAGCAACAACCAGGGCAAGGUAUGGGCCUCCCUCCUCAUCCUUCUCCCCAGCCCCAGCCACCUCCACCCCCAGCCCCCUCUCAGCAGCAGCAAGACCCCCAGGUCGCCUCACAGGCCCAGGAGGAGAGCAGUGCCAUGAAGAGCCUGCUGAAGUACAGCACCCAGCAGCAGCCCCUGCUCCUCUCCCAGAAGAGUCCCUUCGGAGGCCUGGGGAGCCUCAAAUCCGGUGGCCCUGGUGGUCCUGGAGGUGGAGCCCCUGGGGUUAGCUGCACCCUGCAAGGCAGCAAACAACAACAGGCCCUACCCACCAGGAAGGGCCCGGCCAAUGACGGCGAGCGCUCUGACUGUGGGGGGCGUGGCCGGGAGGUGGGCGAGGCGGUGGGUCAUGGUGAGGGAGAGGUGCGCCAACCGCCUGUGGGCAUCGCAGUCGCCGUGGCGAGGCAGAGGGAACCGUCCUGUCGCCCGGUGGACGCCCACCACAACAGCCGGCAGGGGCGGGUGCACCCCUCCAUGAAAGGACCUCCUCGCUCCAUGUACCCCUCAGACCCUGCAGGAGAGGAGGAGAGGAAGAGGAUGAGUGGAGAGCGGAUGGGUCUGACCUGCCUGGACCGAGACAGAGAGGCCUACAUCAGGGAUAAUAAAGAUCCAGUGGAAUUCACAAGGAUCCAUCCGUCCAACAGCUGUCACGGUGACAUCACCUCUCACCUCAUGGUGCCGGGUGGGACUUCCCUACAAUCUGGCCAAUUAGGAGACCCCUCUGCACAUGCACACGCCCACUCGGCCCACCACCAUUGGAUGCCGAGCACUGGAAGUCCCUCCAUCUGGAUGACAAGCCACUCCUACGGAAUCGGCCACUCAGCCCUUCACCAGAACCUCACCCCAGGUUUUUCUGCAGCCAUGCCAGGGUCUCUACAGCCUGUGCUGCCUUUGCCCCAGGACCCGUCUACCCAGCUGGUGGUGCUACCCACAGAGCCUGCUGCCCACCCUGCCACACAUCACCUGGAUGUGAUGGAGCAGCCUGGGCUGUGGCCCCCAGUGUACGGAGCCCGAAGGCCCUCCUCCCACAUACACCCACAACACCCCGCUGUGUACUCCCGCUCGCAGUUUCUACGGCAACAGGAGCUGUACGCUCUCCAGCAGCAUCAACAGCAUCAUCAUCUGCAGCAGCAGCAUCAACACCAACAGAGUCACCAUUCACACCCCCAACCCCAACCCCAUCCUCAACCCCAGCCACAGCCCCAGCCACAGCCCCAGCCACAGACACAGCCACAGACCCAGCCACAGACCCAGCCUCAGCAGCACCACAGGGCAGCACAGACCAUGGAGCUCCAACACAGACCCAACCACACCCAGGUGCAGAAGAGACCUGAGGAGCCUUCAGUGGAGCUGGAGGAGCUGCUCUCUGAGCAACCAGGUUCUAAACCUUCCAAACCCUACUCCUCCUACCACAACCCCUCCUCCAACAGAAACACCCCCACCCCGGGGGCCUGCACUGCUCACCUGUCCCCCUGCUGCCAGUCCCCCUCCCUGUGCCCCCACCCUAAGAGCACCCCAUCCACCCCCUGCCCCGCCCCUAGCCCGGCAGCCGCUGCCCCUCGGUCUCCGGCCAUCAGUCCCGGCCCCCCACAGCUGCCAAAAGGGACGGAGUCCCAGGACAAGAGAGGAGAGGGACAGCCCCCGCAGGAUUACCCACAAUCCCUGGAGCCUGACUUGCCUCCUGGAUACACCUACCCUGCCAUCGCCAUGGGUUACAGGAGCGGCACAUCCCUCCAUGAUGUCCGAUUGGCCGAGCCAGCAGACCUGGAGGCGGUCCAGGCGGAGCCUGCUGAAAAUGCUCCCCAGCCUCUCUCCAGCCUGGGGGCGGGGCUAGAGUGUCAGGCCGUGGUGAGGCCCCUCCCACACGAGGAAGUGGAGGAGGAAGAGGAGGGGCAAAGGGAAGAGGAGGUGCAGAGAGAAGAGGUGGAAGCCGGAGUAGCAGCAGGCAGCUGUGGACCUCCAGAACAGGAGGAGGAGGUGUGUCCUCCUGCGGAGAGCCGUGUGUGUGAAACCGCCUCCUGUCCCAUCCCUAUCCCCCUCUCUGAGGAGGAGAACCACAGAGCUGACCCCUCCUCCACCCUGGAGGAGGAGGAAAAGUGCAAGGUGGAGAGAAGACAGCAGCAGGAGGUGGCAGGAGAACAGGAGGAGCCAGAGCAGGGCUCCACCAUCAUCGACUUGGACCCUCCCUGCCCUGCCCAGCCCCACCAGGAGGCACAUACUGAGGAGGAAGAGGAGGGAGGAGAGGGGGAGCAGGAGGAGGAGAGUACUCCUAAUGAUGACAACCACUCAGUAGAGUUGGCGUGCCUCUCCCCCUCCUCUCCCUCUCCGUGCCCCAGCCAGUCUAUCAUCACCCUCUCCACCUCCCUGAAACCCAUUGUGCCUAGUUAUUGGAGCCUAGAGCUGCUAAUCGCUGCAGCCUUCUGCGCCGACGUCCCUCCGAUUCCCUUGCUGCCCUCCAGCACCCUCCAGCCCCAGGCCUGUGACACCCAUCCCUGCCCCAGCCACCCCCACCACGGCAUGGAGCUGCUCAGCGAGCUGGCCGACCUGGAGCUCCAACAGCACCGACACAACACAGGAGACAGCCAAGGAGAGGAGAUGUUGAUCUUUGACCUCCAGAGUCUUGCCACCCUGGCAGCAGCCCGUGCUUUGGAGCUGGGUGCCCAGGAGGGUAGCGGGGAGGGCGCCGGGCUGCACUAUCCGGCCCGUAAGACCCUCAACCUGCGCAGGAAAUGCAGCUGGACACCUCGCCACGAACCGGCAUGCCCGGCCAAGGGCACCAUGGAGAGGAUGGAGGGUCCGGAGCUGGCCAUGCGGGUGAAGCUGGCAGAGCUCCAGAGGCGUUACAAAGAGAAACAGAGGGAGUUAGCCAAGCUACAGAGGAAGCAUGACCACCAGAAGGAGGAAACACCUCGCAGCCCUGCUCGUAGAGGACCGGGGCGGCCCAGGAAACGUAAAUCAACCCCCGCCGCUGGCCCAGGCUCUUCCUCUGAGACCCAGAGAAAAGUCAAGUCGUUAGGGGCGGGACUUGGCCUGUCGCCCGAGGACCUGCUGGGAGGAGGGGGCGGGGACGCCCAGAGGAAGAAGAAGAAGCUGUCCAAUCGGGGCUUUGAGCGGCUCGGCGCGGCAGAGAUAAAAGUGCAUGGCAGCAGAAAGAGUGUCCUCAGCUCCAAGCUGGCCCGUGACGUGGCCCAUCAGCAGCUCAGACAGCACAAGGCCCAGGGCGGGAAGAGGACUGGGAUGGGGGCGGGACCACGGGAUAAGGAGGAGGCGGCCUCUGCGGCUAGUUCUGCCCCCAAGCACCAUGGACAUCGAGGCCAGGCCACCUCCAAGGCUGAGUCCAGACGAAUCAUCAACGAGUCCGGCGGUCAGAGUGACACAGCAGCCAGUGCAGACAGCGGGGGCCAGGAGGGCUGGACGGGGAACACGCUGAUGAUGCGUGGGGGCAGGAGGAAAGGGAUGGGGGGAGCUCUCGGGGUCCAGGGGUCCGCACGGCUGCAGCAGCCCAGGGCCAGGGUCCUCCGAGCCAGGAGUCAGGAAGCCAUGGAGGGGGGAGAGACCUCCCCUACAGAGAGUGAAUCCUCCGACCAGGAAGACGAAGAAGAGGAAGGAAGUUAUGACAGUGACGAAGGACAAGACAUCAAAGCACAACCCUCCCGAGACGUCUCUUCAUGCUCCACUGUGACUGGUCCAUCCCCCUCGUCUGUCGUCAAGCUGGAGGCCAAUCAGAAAGCCCGGAACAAAAAAGAGAGGCAGGAGCUUUACGGUUCCCAGAGUCUGUCCGGGGCAGAGGGAGAGGUGAAGGUGAGGAAGAGGGCCCCCUGUAGGCUUGGCAUGGUCACUGCAGCCAAGAAGCACCCAGAGUACCAGGACCAGUCAGAGGGGGUGAGGAGGACUGGUGGACCCAGGCCCCAGGAGCCUCGCCGGGAGAGCCUAGGGACCAGGGGCAGCCUCUACCGGAGGACCAUGGGGCCGGUCACCUUCCCCACCACCAGUGAGAGGUUGAAGAGGGCCACACGCAAGAGCACCAUGCUGAGGGGACCCAUUAACAAGAGCACCAUGCUGAGGGGACCCAUUAACAAGAGGAGAAGCUGCUGGUCAGGCGGUGUCCAAUCACCUCAGAGUGACGACAACACUUGCAGGGGGAGGAGGAUCCGAAACAAACAGCCCAAGGGCCGUGCAGUGAGCCGUCUACUAGAGAGCAUGGCGGCGGACGAGGGCUUUCAGAUGGACGAGGAUGAUAGCAGCUUCUCCGAGGGGGAUGAGGACAGUAACCCGUCAUACCCUCACAACCCCAGGAGUCCACUAGCAGCCCCCAGCUGUGUCCUGACCCAACAGCUGCUGACAGAUGGACUCAGGGUGCUGAUCUCCAAGGAGGAUGAACUUCUGUACGCAGCCCGGGUCCACACACUGGAGCUGCCUGACAUCUACAGCAUUGUUAUUGACGGGGAGAGAGGAAACCGCCCCAGAAUCUACUCACUGGAGCAACUGCUGCAGGAAGCGGUCCUGGAUGUGCGUCCAGAAACAGAGUCGGUGCUCUCUGAGGGGACGAGGGUGUGUGCCUACUGGAGCGAACGCUCACGCUGCCUAUACCCAGGCAACAUACGCCAAGGUGGUUCCGGGGAGGAGGGGAAGCAGGGAGGUGUAAUGGUGGAGUUUGAUGAUGGAGACAGGGGGAGGAUCUCCCUCCUAAACAUCCGCCUCCUCCCCCCGGGCUACCAGAUCCACUGUGCGGAGUCGUCCCCUGCCCACCUGGUGUCUAGCGGCCGGGCGGCUCGGAGGAGCUUCAGUCUGGAAAAAGCCCCCCUGAGUGAGAGAGUCUCGGAGAGACAGGCCAGCACAGAGCCUGUCAGGAGACGACCAGGGAGACCCAAAGGUUCAGGGAAGAAGAAGAACCUGUCAGACAGCAGCAAUAAGAACGCAGCCCCUCUGCUCAGCUGGCCGGCUGUGGCCGUCCCCAGGAAGAGAGCCUGUGAAAAUCUGUUCCAGCUCAACGGGACUCCCAGGAAGGCCCUGAGGGGGACGAGGGAGGCCCACCUGUUCCCCCUGCCCCCGGCCCCGGUCUCUGCCCCAACCAAGGGCCUGUUCAGCAGCAGCUCCUUCGAGGUUGACUCCUUCAGCAGCAUCGCUAACGGCUACUCCUCCUUCUGUAGCACCCAGCCCACCGGCAUGUCCCUGGGUUCCAGGACCGGGCCCUAUGUCCAGAGACGGAGGCCCGGCGAGGUUCCACGGAGCAGCAGGAAGAGCGGUCAGGAGUUCCUGGUCAAACUGGAUCACGAGGGGGUGACUUCACCCAAGACGAAGAACAGCAAGGCCCUGCUGCUGCUGGGAGGUGGUUCUGGGUUCGGGGCCAAAGGCGUGGGCGGCCUCCCCAGGCCUGAGACCUACUCCCACCCAGUCCUGCUGGUCAAGGACAACAGGAAGGGAGGUUCUGCCUCGAGGGCUGAGCUCCUCCUUAAGGGUGCCCCUCCUCCACAGAGGAAGGCUUCUCCCUCCCAGUCUAUGGGGGAGUACGGUGUCGGCGAGCUGGGUCUCAGCUGCCAUCGGGACUGCCACAGCUCCUACUCGGACCUGGACGACGAAGAGGAGGAGGAAGAGGAGGAGAGGAGGAGGAGAAGGGCGGCUGCGCUGGCCACAGCAGCCUCUGGAGGCCUGAGGACGGCGGGAAGCUUUCUCUCGCGCCUCUCCGUCUCAUCCUCUUCCUCUGGUUCCUCAAGUUCAUCCAGCUCAGGUUCCAUGUCCAGUUCCAGCCUGUGCUCCUCGGAUAACGACUCGUCCUACAGCUCGGAGGAUGAGGAGAGCUCCACGCUGCUGCUACAGAGCUGCCUGUCCUCCCACCAUGGCCUGCUGCAGUCCCCUGAGCCCCUGGCCGCAGCCGGACCCAACCAGGGCCAACAGUCCUUCGUGGCCAAGGCCGUGGCCGUAUCCAACACCAAGGGAGGAGGAGCCACCAACGACCACAGUGCCAACAACAAGCUUCUCAAAAGGAAGGAGUGCGGCAGCUCGUCCCCCUCCAAACCCCCCAGAGACCUGGUGAAGAGGCAGAGGAUUAUCCCCGAUGAUGCAGGACCAAAACCCAAGAUGAACACUUUCCUACCGGGAAGACAGAUGUGGAGGUGGUCGGGGAACCCCACUCAGAGGCGGGGGCUGAAGGGGAAGUCCAGGAAGCUGUUCUACAAGGCCAUCGUACGGGGAAGGGACGUGGUGCGAGUGGGUGACUGUGCCAUGUUCCUCUCUGCCGGCCGGCCCCACCUACCCUACGUGGGCCGCAUCGAGAACUUCUGGGAAUCGUGGAGCUCCAACAUGGUGGUGAAGGUCAAGUGGUUCUACCACCCAGAGGAGACCAAGUUGGGCAAGAGACACCGCGACAGCAAGCACGCUCUGUAUCAGUCGUGCCACGAGGACGAGAAUGACGUCCAGACAAUCUCCCACAAGUGUCAGGUGGUGAGCCGCGAGGAGUAUGAGCACAUGGCCCGCGGCCAGAAACUCAGCAGCAGCGUGACCACCCAAGGCCUGUACUAUCUGGCUGGCACCUACGACCCUACCAGCGGUCAACUGCUCACUGCUGAGGGGGUGGCCAUCGUCUGCUGAGCUGAGGACAUCUUGUCCUUAGGAUACUACUGAACCACCCAUCUGAUGGGAAAUGAAGGUGAAGGUCCCCGCAGCUUUGCCUGAAGGUGCCCAUGGCCUGACUCAGUCCGUAGGAGGGUUCCCAGAUGGGUCAGUCCUGGAGGAAGUGAAGGUCAAGGUGCCUGUGGCUUUGCCUGAAGGACCCCUGGCCUUAGUCAGUGCUGACUAGUGGUGGACGUCAGGGCCAAGGCAGGGCUGUCCCCUGUCUACACUGGAUAUCUCAACACACAUGGCUGCUAGACUGGGGUCUAGUUAGAAGAAGGGGAGGAGGUAGCCAUUCACAGCAGUGAACCCCAUUCUGCUCACACCCUCACUGGGUAACUGAAGACAAAGAUCUGGGUCCUGAACAACCAGGAUCCAGGAGGUCAAUGAGACCCGACUGACUUUCCAUUGGUCCAACUUAACAUCUCUUUAGUUUAGACUGAGGAUGGCAUGUUUGAGGGACCGUUUCACACCUCAUCUUUACACCACUCACCCAUCAUAGGUCACCAAAUUAGAGCUGAACGUAGGUUUGGAUUGGACAGUUCAAGGCACCAUUAGGUCCCACCGGACCAGGCCUGUGGUUGCCUCAUUUCAGCUGAGUGCGUGAGUGAGUGAGGUAUGGGAUGUACUCUCCAUAGUUCGUCUUCGUGAUUCCAGGGAUGUUAAAAUAUGUAUAAGAUAUCGAUGAUAAAGAUGUAAAUAUUUGGAAUAAUUUUUCCAGUCAAGCCAUACACUUCAGUACCUCUUGUCUCUCUUAUGGAUCAGGUGUAUACUGUACAGGUCAAUUAUCUGUUCUUUUUGUUGUUGUUGUUGUCUAUAUGUAUAUAACAACUAUUUUAUAUAGAAGUAUAUAUGAAAGGUAUCUUUCCAUGUUUUUUUAUUGAUUUAUUUUUCUAUGAGGGGUGAACAUGGCUCUUUGUGUUUCUUUUGGGACGAUGAGCUGAAGAUGUAAAAGUGUUGCACUACAUAUGCCCUGCUGAGACAGACAGACAGACAGACAGACAGGCAGACAGACAGGCAGACAGACAGACAGACAGACAGAGAGACAGGCAGACAGACAGACAGACAGACAGACAGACAGGCAGGCAGGCAGGCAGGCAGGCAGGCAGGCAGGCAGACAGACAGACAGACAGACAGACAGACAGACAGACAGACAGACAGACAGACAGACAGAGGGAGAGCACAGAAAUGAGAGAAGGAUAUGACAGGAGAGGUCUCUCAGAGAGAGGAGCCAUCCUGUUGAAGUGUAAAUGUGUCCUUAAAUGUGUUACUUUCCACAUGUGUUAUUUUGUUUUAUAACCAUCUUUAUUGAUGUACUUUUCAGUUGUUCCUCGCUACAUAGCAGAUCCACGUGGACUGCAUUCACGGGUUACAAAAGAAUACUAUUAACAAGUGAGAAAUACAGAUAUUUACAUAUAUUUAUUUUUAUUGGUAUUGAAAUACAUUCUAAUUCUGCCCUGGCAUCACUUUAAGUAUGCCAUUGUGGCAUGCUCUCCACAUUAUUCAAUUCAAAAUGAGUUGGUCUGCAUAUGCAGGUGUAUAGAAGCGCUAUACUUCAAGUACACAUUUGGACCUGUAAAAACCAAAGCUUCUACUCUGUAAGAUCUUCAUGAAGUACUAUUGAAGUAGUACUUACGAAGAACAUCAAGCAGCUGUGUUAUUCAGAGAUCACUGGGAACUUAAUAAUCAAACUGUUUCUCACUCUGAGAAUACAAGACAUCCCCCUAUGUGCAUAUAUGGCUUUGCUUUGUGACAAUGGGUUUUCUUGCACACGUACCUGUAGCUCUGUGAGGUCCAAAGUCCCUGUGGUCAAAAUUCAUCAGUGACCUGAAACAGGUGGCUGAUAAGGUCAUACCAAGUUCAAGGUACUGUCAACAUAAAAAAGAAGGUUUGAAUAUUGACAAUUUGUUAGAGAUUCGUCAGUUGUGUUUAUUGAUGAAUUAAUAGACAUGCCUCUUAAUUAGGAACACACAUGCACUCAAUGUUAACGGUGAAGGACAAUCAAAUUCACAAAGCAAUGGAUAUAGUUUAAAAGUCUCACUUAAUCAAAAUAUUGCUUUUAAAUGUUUUAUUUUGUGCCAAAUACAUUUUGUCUCUGUCGUUUUGAUAUGCAAUCCUGACUGUAUUUUUAUGUUCUUACAGUUUUUUUAUUUGCUCAUCAUCAACCUUUAUUUAUUGUCAAUGUUGCUGUUUGCUCGUCAAGUCAUGAGCUCUAUGACAACGAGCCGUUGUUUCUCCAUGUGAUGUCACAUUUGGAUUAGUUAAUAACAGUUUGGUCUUUGAAGAGGCCACGCCGUAAAAAGGAAUAGAGGAACACUGGAUUAUUCUCAUCCACAAACGUCUCUGAAUAACUCUAUGUUUGGACCUGACCCUCCUGCCCUCUGUCUGCGGUGGCACCACUGACUACAUCGCAGACGUUUCAUUGCACCAACCAUUAGUUAUGCGCCACAGGCCGACAUCAGAUUGCUAUGUCAUAUGAUGUGGUUAGCGGAUGUGUUAAACACCUACACGAGUGUUGAGAUCUGGCAGGUGUCUGCAAUUUAGUCAGGCAGGAAGGCCACCUAUGACUCUGCACCCCGGGUUAGAUCCCGGGCUGUAUCACAACCGGCCGUGAUUGGGAGUCCCAUAGGGCGA